AUGUCAUUGACUUAUAUUGGUCAGCAAAUAACAAUUUAUGGUACUCUUUGUUAUCUGGUCACAGGCAUCGUUGGUAAUACAAUAAAUGUUUACAUAUUUUCUACUACUCGCUCUUAUCGAACGAAUCCUUCGACAUUUUAUUUUCUUAUCAAUUCAAUUCUUAACCUUGUUUACCUUCUAAUUCAUCCUACUUCUCGUAUUGCUAUAGGUGUCGGUAAUGAUUUGACACAAACAUCAACAAGUUGGUGUAAAGCACGAAACUAUGUUCUGUUCACUUUUCCUGGAAUUGUAUUAACAUGUCCAUGUUUGGCUAUGAUUGAUCAGUUUAUAGCAACAUCACGCAAUGCAAAAUUACGUAGUUUUAGUAAUAUUCAAUUGGCACGUCGUUUAAUGGUCAUUAUGUGUUUUCUAUGGGCUCUUCAUGGAGUUCCUGCUAUCUUGUUUUAUGAUAUUUCACCUGCGACAAGAAUAUGCCAAAUUACGAACAGCACUUUCCUAAAGUACAGGUCAAUAUAUUUGCUCGGUUUAACGUACGCAAUUCCAGUUUCAGUAACAAUUUUAUUUGGAUAUUUAACUUAUCGUAAUAUCCAUUCGAUCAGAGCUCUUGUUAAUCAACAUAUUGAUCGACAAAUCCUACGAAUGACAAUAUUUCAAGCUGUUCUUGUGAAUGUUUGUUUACUUCCAUAUGCAGCUAUUGUUACAUAUAAUAAUAUCACAGAAAAUGAAAUGAAAGAUACAUCUCGAGUUCUGCUUGAAAAUUUUCUUGCUUCAUUGUUUGUUUUAUGGAAUUAUGGUUAUAUUGUGGGAAAUUGUUAUGUGUUUAUUCUUUCAUCAAAAAAAUUCCGUCAAGCAGUGAAAAGCAAAGUUUUACGUUGGAGACGGCCAAAUCAAGUUAGUAUAACCGCAUGA